UGCUUCCGAAAAGAAGCUUUGCGGGAAUAAGCUUCAUCAUGUCAGGAUCGGCCAUCACGUCUUGACCGUGACAUUUAUCGAUCGUUGAGAGUCAUGGUUACUCCUUCAUACCGAGUCAAAGCAAAUGAAUACUUCAAGUUACAAUACCAAUCGGUCCAGUUUGAGACAUUACCGGCAUUCACCAGGCGGCUAGCUCAGCACCAGUGCAGCAAACAACUUAGCAACUAAUGCCACGGGCUUUCGCUGUGAAAGAGAAACAAGAAGACAGUGCAGUGCGCUAGAUUGGCAAGCUGGUGGUGGAGAUGAGGGCGGUGUUGAAGAGCGGCGAUACACACUUAUCGCUAUCCAGGCGGACAACGGUUGGACGUCAAGGAUGUGACAUUACACUCAGGGCAUCCACGGCCGAUCGAAGGCAUGCGGUCAUUGAGGUGGAUGAACAGGCACCCGGCACGUGUGCAUCUGCAGUGCUAACGGACCUCAACACUACCCAGGGCACGUACAUCAAUGAUGUGCGUCUGCAGAAUGCCACAGUCCGCCUGGCACACGGUGAUGCCAUACAGUUUGGACAUGGAGGAGACGUAUUUCAUUUUGAAGUGGAAUCAACUGAGAGCGGCGCAUCGUUUGCAUCUUCCCAUUUGCCAGCCAUAACAACAGCCGCUGGUCAUGGAUCCCACCAGCGUGCACGGGCAUCGCGCCCUGCUGCUCACAGCACGCCCAUCACAACUGCUCGUGUAAGCAGCGCUGGGCCAAUGAAUAGCAGUAGCAGCGGCGGCGGAGGUGGCAGCACUCGGUCGCUGCAGCUAGGCCGUAGCCGGGUGUCGCCAGCACCAAUGCUCUCUAUGAGCACAGCGGAAGCUAAUCUUAUGUCAACAAGCGUGCUGUCUUCAAUGACGGAACGAGAAAAGAAUGAAAAGCUACUCCGCAUGGGUGAUGAAAUCAGCCGGUUGUCGGUGUUUGAGAAUGAGUGCCAUCGCAAGGACAUUGUUAUAGCCGAGCUUCGCCAACAGCUCACCAGUACGGGACAAUCCGAAGAACAACAAGCGCAGCUAGUCCAGAAUCUGACUGCAUCGGUCAAGCAGCUGGAGGAGAAGAGAGAGACCGAGUCCUCGCGGCUGAUCGCCUUUAGAGAUCAGGCUGAACAAGUGCCCGGUCUAAGAAAAGACCUGUCACAGCGCCGGCAGGCUGUCUCAUCAUUGACGGAUGAACGCAAGAAGCUUCAACAAGAGGUUGCUGACCUUGCCAAGAUCAACAACCAACUGCAGAAGGACUUGGCGGAGAAGACAGCUACGGCAAAUAUGCUGAGAAGUGAACUAACAUCAAUGCGUACACGCCGGACAUCAGGUCAAAGAGAAGUUGAAGACCUUCGGCAAUGUCUGACUGUCCAGGAAACGUUGGUUGACGAUCGGUCAAAGGCCCUGAGCAAGUUACAAGGUGAAGUGGACACUCUGAAGGAAGGUCUCACAAAAGCAGCAAUGGUUCACAAGGAAGUGGAUCGUGUGCGUGUUGAACUAUCUAAUGAACGUAGCCGAGUGCGCGACAAGGAACUAGAGGCACGUGGAGUCACAGAGAAGCUCAAGGCAUUCAUCAGGAAUGUACUAGACUUCACUGAAACCAUCCAUGAAGAUGAUGAUGAUGAUGACGACGACGAUGACAGCAACGCGGAUCAGUCUAGUUCUGACGGGGAUCUCAGUGGAUCUGAACGCCGCCAUGGAGCCGCAGUGCAGAAGCUGUUGUCGGUGGACGUAGCGUUGCACGGCCUGGGCAAGGUGAUGGCUGGAAGGAGGACCUGCGUGAAACAACUCAAGGCGCUGCGGGCAGAGUUUGAAGAGGUCAGCAAUACCAACGCAGAGCUGACUGCCUUUCUCUCUGGUCUCCAAGAAUGUAUCGACAUUGGCAACCCAAAGGAGAUAGAGAACACCGUUUUGAAGGGUACAUCUCAGCAGGUUCGAGACCUCAAGGCGCCACACAACUAUGCAAAGAUGAAGGGGAGUGUCUGUGAUCUGAUGGACUACAUGGUUGUCACCCGCUCUGAGCUGCGAGAUCUGGUGUGCUCGCUACAAUCUGCUGCUGCUACUGUUUUAAGUGACAUUGAAGAAGGAGCAGACCCUAGUGCAAUAGUGUCUCAUCUCACACAGAAAUUGACUAAACUGACGGAAGAGACGAAAGACUUGCAAAGCCACCUAGUCCAUGCCAGACAAGAACACGAACAGUCCGUGGCACUGUUGACUGUAGCACUGCGCAAGGAGGCUAAUGCCGACAAGUCAGCUGCCCUCACAGAGUGCCAAGCCCAAAUAGAUGAUGCAACACAAGCUGCUGUGGCUAAAGCCAUCACUGAGCGUAAGACGGUGGAGGAUGGGUAUGCGGAGCAAACCAGAGAUUUAAAGAAGGCGUUGGAGUCCGCUACUUGUGAUUGCAGAGAACGCGAGCAGGCGAAGGAGCGAGUGCAACAGGAACUGCUGGAGAUGACUGCAGCUAGGGAUUCACUUCAAGGCAAAUUGGACGGUGAGCCUGACAGAAUCGGCGCUGCAUGCAAUGCAGUGCAUGAGAAAUGCCAUGGAACUAUUACGAUGCAGGAGGAGCUUAGUAGACAGCAUACUAAGACUAUCAUUUCCAUGGAAGAGAAACUGUGCAGAUCCUUGGAGGAAAUCAAGCAGCUAAGAGGACAGUUGGACGUCGCCGGAAGGAAGAAAUCCGAGAAGUCAAUCAGGCACAGCAGAGCCAGCGUACUCAGACGCGCUUCUAGCCGGUCAGCUGCCGUGGAGUUACUUAGACCAGUGGACACGUCCCAGCAUGUCAGCUUUGCAGCACAGCCGUCAGUACAUACUGUGUCCGCAGAUGACAGUGGGCCGGUGAUAACGCAGAAAGUCGAUGAUGGUGUGUCAGACAGCCUUGUUUCCUGUGAUGACAUGAGCCAGGACGAGUUGGAGUCUGAGUUCGACAACCUGGUGCGCCUCUUGGAAGUUUCCAGAAAAGACACUGGCGCUCUCCAAGCAAAGGUCAGAGAGCAAAACAAUCAAAUAUACACCCUGCAGCGCGACUUGGCCGGUGCUUCGGCUCAGUUAGCUGACCUUCAGGCAAGUCGCACCCAGGAGAGCAUGGAGAUUGAGAGAUGCCUGAAGCAGGAGUUGAAUGCCAAGCACGAGCUGAUCCAGCGUCAGCUUGGUGAGAUAAGGACGAUGAAAGAAGAGAGCCAGCGCCAUAGUACUGACAUGGAAGCCCAGGUGGCUGAAACACAGUAUGCACAUCAGUUACUUGAGGCAAGUCACGGCGUGGAGAGUGACCAACGUCAAGAGCUCAAACAAGCACGCAUGCAAUGGAAAAGCGGUGUACGUGCACACCGACAAGAGUUAUCUCAUCUGAACGAGAAGCAUCAGAAAACCUUUAGCUUGGCUGAAGUGGGAGCACGCUGCCAGGCACAGAACCAUGAUCGAGUCAUUCGGGAUCAGAGUGCAGCAUUGGCAACGCUAAGGCGCGGAGAAACACGGAGUCCUGCAGCGACUACGCCCGGUCUAUCCUCUUCAGCACGUAUGGAUGUUGACAGCCAACAGCUCCAGGACACACGGGGUCAGCUUGCAUUGCAGAACAAAGCUGCACUGGCCACCACCGCUGAGCUUCUAACCACGACAUCUUCCAACAACAGUGAGUAUGAGCUAAUUCGCAAUCAACUAGAGGCAGAGCGCCACGCUCAGCAUGAACUCUUGGCCACGCUAGAGGAGAGCGAGAAAGUCUACUGUGGCUUAGUGAGAGCUAUUACACACAGUCUGGAUAUAGAGCCUCUGCAAGGUGCUCGUUCCAUUGUGGGCCUGACCCCGCCACAACGCCAACCUGUUAUGAACGAUAGAAGCAAGAUACAAGAAACUCUUGCUACUCGAAUAUCAGCCAUUCGAGAGAAGGUCAAGCGAAAGGAGAAGUUGUUGGAGUCGUACGAAGAAGACCUUGGCAAACUACGGAAGCUGGAAAUGGACGGCAUGACCAAGACUGCCAAAAUUUCAAGCCUGGAAAGGGAUAUCAGUGGUAAGAUGAAAGAGGUCAACAUGCUCCGCGAGAGCGUGCAUCGCGUUCAAGACGAGCUUGACCAGCAGAUGCGACUCAACACCUCGCUGAGAACGAGACAGAUCUUCAAGGAGUCUCAGAGCCGCCAACAUGAGCCAACGCCUCACUCAUGCUUGAUGCUACCAUCAGAAGUUGAUCACAAGCUCGCAUCACAGAGACACGACCUGGAGCAGCAGCUGCGCCGCAAAGACCUGGAGUUGAAAACCAUGAAAAAUGAGCUCGCUACCACUGACGGCCAUUUGCAGGCUGCGCUAUCGCAACUGGAACUGUCGAAUUGAUCGCUAAAAGGCCGCGCGCCUUGGUUGUAUGUAGCAGUGCAACAUGGUAACGCAUCAUUGAUCUACCUAACACACAGCACUGAUACAGAACCUGGCUAGUGUUGUUACUGGUAGUAGAAUUGAUCAGUGCAGUGGUGUUGAACAAACAACACACCACUGCACUGAUCAAGGCCAUAGUAUAUGGUACUAGUAAAUGCCGUACUCUGCUCUCAAGGACACUAAAGCAUACUGUAUUCCACAAUGCAAGACUGUCCCGUACCGUAUAUGGUAUCAUACCCCAUACCACUACACCAGUAGAAAACAACCAGCUGACCGAGGCGCGGGCGUACAUGAACGAGACGGUCAGGAACAAAGGAAAGUGCUGUAUGAUGAUGUCGCUAUCGUCCUUCACGCAUCCACUGGACACAGCACAUGUAUGAUGUCUGUAUGUGUGAGCCAACCUCAACCUGCAGAGCUAGUCACCAAGAACUGUAGUACUAGACUAGUAGACCUGGUAGACUGCCUAAGUUUCUCUCUGAAAUUGUAAGUUACCACUUGUCAAGCACCAUCAUCAAUAGUGUCUGGUACAUGUUAACAAUACCGUAUACAUCCUGAUGAUCAUGAAACAGCAA